UGUUGUCUUCUUGUAAAAACUUGUUUGGCCAAUUUAUUUCCAUUGCAGCUCUUCACUAGUCGAACCAUUGACUCAAUUUAUCCUUUGCGAGGUUUACAAAGUAACAAGUAAAUUAGAGUUUAAGAAUUGCGAGAAUGAAAAAAGUGUUGAUUCUGGUCUGAAAAAUUGUUCAAUAAUUUGUUGAUGAUUCGUUUUCCAUAUUGGAAUAAAAUAUAAACUUGAAAUAAUGUGACAAAUUUCAAUGAAAAGUUGAGCGUAAACAGAGUUUCUCAUUUUUCCAGUGAUGCUAAAUUGUAACAAACCAAUUGAACAUUCAAUCUGUUCAUCGCAAACAGCUUUACAAGACUAAUCAAGUUAUCAAGGGAUUUGAAUGUUUCACAGAUAAAACGAUAAAAAAAGGCUAACAUGCGAUCCAAUUCAAGUGACCAACAUUGGUCAGCCAACGAAAUUAUCACAAAUUCAUCAUUAGCCGAUGCUUCCACCAAUCCAACAAUCAUAUUUGGCUAUCUGACUAAAUCAUAUCCUGGACUUAUCUAUAUCAUAGCAACCAUGAUAUUUUACAUAAUUAUAUUCAUAUCACUCGUUUUUUCAAACUUCGUUUCAAACACAAAUCAAAUUCGAAAAAUUUCACACAAAAUAAGAGAAAAGAAACGUCGUCCUGUUCGCAGAGCAACUUUACGUUCAAUUGUUUUCCCUGGUAAACACUCUUCAUCCUGUCUGGAUCCACAACUUAAUGAACGCUUAAUUUGACCAUAUUGUAAAUUUGCUCAAUUCAAUCUCGUGGUUGAAUGUUAAUAAAUUGAAUUUAUAUUAACAAGUGAA